AUGAUACCUCAGCGUGAGUCUGAUGAGAGUCUUGACAAGGCUAUUCGUCAAUUCUGGGAGAUUGAAUCGGUCCCAGAAAAAUCUGCUCUGUCGGCUGAAGAUCAGCAGUGCGAAGAAAUUUUCGUUCAAACGCACAAACGACUAGAAUCAGGAAAAUUCGUUGUCUCACUUCCAUUUCGGGAUGGUGAACCCUCAUUAGGCGAAUCGCGUUCUUUAGCAUUCAAGCGCUUAAUUUCGAUGGAGCGCCGUUUUGCUUGCAAUGAGCAAUUUCGUAAUCUAUAUGUUGAUUUCAUGGAAGACUACUUAAAAUCUGGUCACAUGGAACUCGUUUCAGGAGAAAUUAAGGGAAAUCAUUUUUUCAUCCCGCAUCAUGGCAUUCUUAGGCCAUCGAGCUCAACCACUAAGUUGAGAAUUGUGUUCGUUGCUUCAGCACUAACAAGUAAAGGAGAUUCCUUAAACGAUUAUCAACUUAUUGGGCCUAAAUUGCAAAAGGAGGUUGGAGAUCUCAUUUGUAACUUUCGACUUCAUGAAAUCGCUUUUACCAGUGACAUUCGCCAGAUGUAUCGCCAGAUUUUAAUCACUGACGAACAUUUAAAUUACCAACUCAUCCUCUGGUGGACCUUCCCUACCGACGAGCCACAAACUUAUCGUUUAAAAACUGUUACUUAUGGAAUAACUUCGUCCACAUUUCUUGCUAUUCGCGUUCCCCAGCAGUUAGCUGAGGAUCACAAAUCGGAGUAUCCUGAAGCUGCUAAAAUACUUAGUCGUUACACAUACAUGGAUGACGUUGUCAGUGAAUCUGAUUCUAUAGAUUCCGCAGAUCUGCAGAACCAGCUUUUUGAUUUGCUCAAAAAAGGGGAAUUUGAACUCAGAAAAUGGUGUUCGAAUAGUCCUGAGUUCCUGCAGCGUCUUCCUGAUUCGGUCAGAAGCAUUGAAUCGUCUACAGUCUCGUUGGACAAAGACAGUUCUGUGAAAGUGUUGGGCGUGGCCUGGCAGCCUGUCAAGGACGUUUUUUCCUAUAACGUCACACCUCUGCACAACAGGGUGACGAAAUGUGUAGUUUUGCUCGAAACUGCACGCAUUUUUGAUCCUGUCGGUUUUUUAUGUCCAGUCAUCGUCGCUGCCAAGAUUCUUAUUCAAGAACUUUGGUUAGCUGGUGUUGACUGGGAUGCAGAGGUUCCCCAAGACAUUCGACAGAAAUGGCUUCGGAUCGUUUCCGGAUUCCCCAACCUUUCGAAUAUUCAAAUUCCUCGAUUCGUUCCAACACAAUCAUGUCGCGUUGAACUUCAUGGCUUCUGUGACAGUUCGGAAGUUGCUUACGUAGCCGUAGUUUAUUUGCGUGUCGUACAUUCUAACGGACUGAUAGGUGUCCACAUAUUCUCAGUGAAGUCUCGAGUGGCCCCAAAAGAAGAAACUUUCCCUGCCAAGAUUGGAGUAAUGCGGCGCUUCGCUUCUUUCCUCGUUGUUCGCAUUCAUUCGUCGUUCGAUUGGCUCGCAGGUAUUAUAGGUAUCGACCAAUACUUCUUGACCCAAAAAUGGCUGACUUACCUCAGGCUCGUCCAGCAAGUCAGACCUUUUGUUAAGGUUGCUGUCGAUGACGCAGGACCUAUCACGACAAAAGUAGGAACUCUUCCAGAGAGGAAAAUGGUGCUCGUAAAUGAUCCUAAUUUGUCUCCACUACAGUGGAAAUUGGGGCGGAUAUCAGAGGUUCAUCCUUCAUAA